AUGGUAUCUCAAGCUUCCUCCACCCCGUCCACGGGAGCGUCCGACUUCCGCAUCUCCGGCUCCGAUGACUCCGACGAUGACUCGGGUCUGCACCUCGGCCACGCCGGCCCCAUCGAUGGCGACUCCGACGACGACAAUGACGAGUGGCAGCUCCUGCCCGCCUCCCGGCCCCGCAAGUCCAUGCACCCCCUCGCGCGUAAGUCGCGCGCCCGCCUCGCCGAGAUGGGCCGCGCGUACGCCGAGAACUCGGUUGGUCUGCGUGACGAGCACGAGAUUCGCUACUUUGUGAUGGGUGCUGUCGCUGCUGGCCUGCUGGACCGCGCCAAGGCGGAGGGGCCUCGCCCGGCGAUAUGGCGAACCUUUUGUUCGGUAUGCGCUGCUGUGCAGGGCAUGGAUGAGACGGUUGUCAAUGGUGCGCAAUCCAUAUACAAGGACCAGUUUGGUAUUGGCGGCGAUUCCUAUCGCGAUACCUGGCUCCUAGGCCUGACCAAUGCCGCUCCCUAUCUAUGGCUCACGGGGCCGAUGAACAGCUAUUUCGGAAGGAGAGGCACCAUAUUCAUUGCCUGCGCAAUCUCUGCGUUUGCGUGUAUAUGGCAAGCUUUUACGCAUAGCUGGUGGUCCAUGUUUGUGGCUCGUUUUGUGCUGGGGCUUGGUAUCGGGCCCAAGUCCGCCACUGCGCCCAUCUUUGCGGCAGAGUGCGCGCCCAAGGAAAUUCGAGGGGCCUUGACCAUGCAAUGGCAAGUAUGGACUGCCUUUGGGAUCAUGCUGGGUUACGUCGCCGACCUGGCGUUUCUCGACGUCCCCGACAACGGAAUCACCGGCGUCGCCUGGCGUCUGAUGAUGGGCAGCGCCGCAAUCCCCGCGGUGAUUGCCUGCGCCCUCGUCUACCUAGGCCCCGAGUCGCCACGCUGGUACCUGACCAAGAACCGUCACGGCGAAGCGUACCGCGCCAUGGCCAAGAUGCGCGCAUCCAAGGCGGAGCGCGAUCUCGAGGGGGCCAAGGCGAGCAAGAUUGGCGAGAUGGUGCGGCACCAGCGUAACAGAAAUGCGCUGCUGGCGUCGGAAAUUGUCAUGUUUAUGCAGCAGUUUAGCGGUGUCAAUAUGAUGGCCGCUGCCCUCCUCUUCACGGGGUUCAGUUUCCUGCUUCCGCAGCAAACCGUCGUACAGAUAGUGUGCAUCGCGGCGGGCAUCUACGUGUUCGGCAUGGUGUACUCGCCCGGUGCGGGCCCGGUGCCGUUUACGUACUCAGCCGAGGCGUACCCGCUCCGGCUGCGCACGCUCGGCAUGUCGGUGGCCACGGCAACCACGUGGUUCUUCAACUUUGUGCUGGCCGUCACCUGGCCCUCGCUGCAGGCGGCCUUUACCAACGUCGGGGCGUUUACGUGGUACGCGGCCUGGAACGUCGUGGGCUUCUUCCUCGUCCUCUUCUUCGUGCCCGAGACCAAGGGCCUCACGCUCGAGGAGCUGGACGCCGUAUUUGACGUGCCGCUGCGGGAUAUGGUGCAAUAUGGAAAGGACCAGGCGCGGUACUGGGUGCAGAGCGUCCACGGCCUCCUCGCCGCCUCCCUCGCGCUGCAAGCCGCGACCGACGACUACCCCACGGCUCCCUGGCGCGCCGCCUUCCCGCGCCUCGCGGACCUCCGGCGCAGCACCCCGUUUUUCCCGCCGGCCCUGCGCGCGGGACCUUUGCUGCCGGGCCCCGCGCGGGACCUGGUCGCGGCGCAGGAUGCCAAGUUCGCGGCGGAUUGGGGGUGGUGGAGCCGGCGAGCGGUUCUCGUCCAUGGGCUUGUCGGUGGCGGCGGAGAGGAGUACGGCGCCGGGGAAGAGGUGUACAUCUGCUACGGGCGGCAUAGUGGGGAUUUCCUGCUCGCGGAGUACGGGUUCUCGCCCGACGAGAACGCGUGGGACGAGGUGUCGCUCGACGAGGUGGUGGAACCCUGGUCGAGGCGGGGGCGGGCCCGGGGGCCGACGGAUCCUCGAGGAGCUGCGGCUCUGGGGCCGGUUCCGGCUGGAUGCCGAGACGGCGGGGUGUUACCGGACGCAGGUGGCGCUACGGAUCGCGUGCGGGGCGGGGUGGCGGGCGUUUGCGGACGGGUGGGAGGCGGAUGA